AUGGAUUUGAACACGUAUUGGGCGCUGGCACAAAGUGGACUCUUGCAACAACAGAUUGAAAAACAACAGACAGCUCAGAAAAUGCCCAGCCCUCUACCGACUCCGCAAUUGACCCCACAGCUCUACGCUCAAAUGCUCUACCAGCAGCUAAUCUAUCAACAAUUUCAACAACAGCAACAGCAAGCCGCUCUCAGCGCUCAGCCGAAAGAUUUGAGCCCAGGGUUCCCGUUGUUGAGUCUUAACCUACUCUCAACGCCGUCUACGUCGAUUUCCCCGGCCGGCGCAUCAACUUCGACCCAGAACAACAACCACCUGCCGAUCAUUCAAAAACCGAUCCCCAUCAAAGCCACGUCACCAAUUCUGCAACUCACCCUGGCCCACGUCAAAGAGGAGACCAGCCAGCUGCCGGCAUUCACCCCCGAGGCAACCCCAUCACCGGUGGAAGAAACAAGUCGCCCCUCACCGCCAGCGUCAACCUCGUCGGCUCGACACAGUCAAGAGGAUGAGGAAGACGAUGAAGAGAUGUAUAUCGACGUUGAGGACAUCGAGGACAAGGAAAGUGGAAAGAACAAGCGAAAAGCGCAUAUCGAAUUCUAUCGAAAAGUCAAAGCGCUCAGACACAGAAACGAGAAGCGUUUGCAGUGCGCGAAAUGCGACGAGCUGGUGAUCAACAACGACGCGACUGUCACCGAGCACGUGCAAGCUCACGCGCAUCCCGUUUCGUUUAGAUGUCUCGUUUGCGGCUGGGAGGCCUCGGUGCGCACCUCGAUGUACGCCCAUAUGAACGAAAAGCACCCGAAAAAGAGGCUCGAAGUCGCACCGCCGAAAAAAGCAACUCCUCCAAAUGAAAUUAUUCGCGAAAAAUUUGCGAUCCCCUGCAAACAGCCGACCUCGUUCUCGGAUCGACGCGACAUGACAAAGUUGUGCGCAAUGAUUGGAGAGUGUUUCCCAAAAGCCGGCCCGAAAAUCGUGCGCCAAUCGUUAGCCGGAUAUGUCGAUCAACUAGUCAAAGAGUUCUCAUCUCGUGGCAUCGACAAGGCCAAGUGCAAACUCUGCGAAAAAUGGAUCCCCGUCGACAAAGCGAUUAUUACCAAGCACAUCCACUCUCAUCCGGCAUACAGAUGCAAAACGUGCAGAUUCACUUCGACGACAUCGGAGGAGCAAACCGAGCACCUUCUACGGCAGCACAACAUUUCCGAUCCGAAACUCUCGAUUCAUUUCAAUCAGUGCACCGCGGCGGAGGCGUUGAGCAAGACGUUUCAACGGAGUUUCGGCGACCUUUUACCG